ACUAACAACACUGUCAAUAUUUUUGCGCCGAUGCAGCAGUCAACAACAUUGGACCAGAUGAAGACUGCAACAAGCAGCUUUUCGUCACACUCAUUAUUGAUUGCAGUGGCUAUAUGUUGCAUCAUUGGUGUCAUCAUGACCAUAUCCAUACUGAUCUCCAGGAAGUUACGAAAACAUUACAGAAUUUAUAUCUUUUCACUGGUAUUAGCA